GGCCGAGGUGGGCGUGGCUUCCCCGCCCACUCGCCUUUCCUCUUUGUCUCCCGCGCAUGCGCACAUUCCACCGUUGCUAGGAAACGGGCCAAACAGCAUCCAGAGGAAACAGCAUGGCAACGCAUUACAGUUCUGGCCAGUAUGAGGAUGCCUAUGCUCCCCAGAACUUGCGGAACUGGGGCCUUCCAAGAGUAACCAAAGCGCACCCUUCCGCCCGAGAAGGUUAUACGCAAUUCAUAGCCGAUGACAAGGGACACCUGCUCCCAUUGAUCCCACGAUCAAAGGCUUCCCCGUGGGGCACCUACUUGGGCACCUGGGAUAUGCCCCUGAAGAUCCCUCCGGCCAAAGUCAACCUCACCUGUCGUUCGGUGGACGCCGCGGCCCGACUCACCGAGUGGGUCAACAAAGCAGAGGUCCUGCGCAGCGCCUGCAAUGGUUUCAGCCCAGAAAUUGUUGGCAAGCCAAGUGACCCUCCUGCACAUCCCACUAAAGAGACUUCUGCCAAACUCGGAGGGCCUUCGAGCAGGGGCUCUGAGGGGAAAAUGCCGGCUCAAGAAGUGGUCAAAUCCAGUGGGGCAGCCACCCCCAAGCACCCCCUGUCCCGCCAGCCUGGCUCUAUUGACGUCCGAUUGAAAAAAGAGGCUCCGCCUGACGUCCCGUCCUUCCAACAGCCGGAUCCCACGGAGGUGAGACAGAGGAGCGGCAGCCAGAUCCCGCUCUCACGCCAGCCGGGCUCCAUGGACGUCCGGGUCAAAGACACGGCGAGCCUGAAGACCUCGGCCACAAGCCGCCCCAACUCCAGAGAGUUUACUCCUCCGAGGAGAACCAUUUCGGCAGAGGCCCCUGCCUUGAGUCGGCCUCGGUCUCUGGAAGGGAAGGCCAAAGGGGUCAGCACCUCUGAACUGUUGGCUUCAUGCCGCCCGGGAACCAUGGAAGCCAACCCCAAAAGCGCCCUCUCGCUCGAGGCCCUGUCUCCUAGCAGGCCAGCCACAAAAGCCAGCCACGUUUCAGAAAUUAGUAAGGAUGGCAAUCGGAGCGAAAGGGAAGGGGCAACCAAAUCUCGCCUUGAAGAAACGUCCAGUUAAAUGUCCCUCUCGAGGUCAAAUCAAACAUAUUGUAUUACGACGACUGGACAUUAAAUCUAUUCAAUGUGUCAAGCCACUCUGAUGUGUUUGCAUUUCCCUGCAUCCCUGAGACCCCUUCCUGUUCCGACCCAAACUUUCUCUUUUCCACUUAAUCACUCAACAAGAAACAUGUUCCAUCAAAGUCCAAACAACGGUGAAAAUAUAUAAAACCCAAGAGAAACCCAUGCAUUUCUCAACUUGUCCAAACCAGAAGCAAAGGAAGAGCAAAGCCGACUCUGCUUCCCAAAAGAUUUGCCCAACUGGACAAGAGGCAGCAAUGAUAUCUGAGUGAUACCGUUUGAAAAUAUUAAAUAAAAAUUGGAUGGAAUGGUGUGA